AAGCAUAUGGUUUUUCAUUAUGAUCACUGUGGAAGUGUUUCUCUGCAUAUAAGUAUAUUAAUUUCAUUUUCCGCAAUAGAUUUCAACAAUAAUGAACACUGUAAAACAAUGCAGAUGCACAGUGUCUCACCAGAAACACUCCAGUAUUGAGCGGAGAAAAGGAGUAAAAUAGACAUGAACUCCUUACAAAAUAUUCUUUUCCUUGGAGGACACAGAUUCCUUCAGCUUUGCUCAAGGGGAGAAUUUAUCAACAUAUGAUUGUUUCCAUGGAGGAAGAGGCAGCGAACAUAUGCGAUAAUGAGUGAUAUAGAAACAUCAGCAUAUGAUAGGAGCUCUGAACACUUGGACAUAACUGUUGCAUAUUAAAUGAAGCUCCUGCUAGUGAGAUAUUCGCCAUGACCCCAAAUGUGGUAUGUUGUGAUAAGGAACAUAUUUGUGCCAAUCUCGUACUCUUUGUUUACAAUUCAAGAGAAUCAUAUCAGGCCUGGAAUAUAAAAAUAUCAAGAUGUGCAUUUGGGCUAGUUGGUCGCACUUAAACAGGUGGAACAGACACAAAGCAUCUAUUAAUCGAAAUUAUCAUUUCAAUGUCUCUUCGUAAUCAGGAGCAUAUAUCUAAUCUUUGCAGGAUAUGCUUCACCACAGAAAACAAUACAAGGCGUGUGGUCUUAGCUGCUUUACUUAUUGUCAUUCCUUCAAGCUCCCAAGCAUAACUGGUAACUUGCGCAUAAAAUUAGCAUAAACAUGCAAGGAUAUGCAUUUGUUUCUUAUACAUACUACACUACACGCAUAUGAUGCAGAUAAAUAUAUGCAUAUCUACGUACAAACAUAUAUACAAACAAACAUGCAUGUAUGUCAUAGGGAUGAACAUUAAACAACAUGCAGUUCUCGAUAUGGUGGUUUAAGGACAAGUCAUUACCCUGUAAUACUGGUUUACCUUUCUUCCCUAAAUUCUCUAAACAAGUAACAAAACCAAGAACCUGAAAUGAAUCCACGAAAGUAAUAUGUUACUGAUGACUACCUUACAAUUACACAUGUAAAAAGCUCACAAGUAAAGUGGGUGGAGAAAGCAUAUAUAAGCAGAAUAUUCUCAUGUCCCAAUCUCAGACCCUGCAUACAAAGAAGUACAGAAAUGUGCUCAGACAAACAUAAUUAUGCAGCCAAUAUAUAUUUGAAGUAGACGAAAACAUUAGUCGGACAUAUGGGUUUAUAUAUGGAACACCGAAAGAUACCCAAACAAAGCUAACGAAGGACAAGUGGUCCUAAACACAAGAGGAAGUAUGAAAACAAGUACACUAUUUCUCUUCAAUUUUGUUAGACAGUCUAAACCCAAGUGGGAAAAUUCUAACUUCUCGGCAAUGAUAGGCUGUGGGUUCCCUUCCCUUCUUUUCUUCAGCGCGCCUAGUUGAAUAAGUACCAAACUUGACAGAGGAGACAAAAGAGAAUCACAUGCUCAUUCUAUAUUCCAUUCCUUGCUUUAUGGCAUUCCCAAGAGAGCAUCAACUCAAAGAACAAUAUUUCUGUUUUUAAAAGAUGUAUCUAAUUCUGUUUCUCGAAUGCAUCCAGUCAAUGGAUUCUUCAAACCUUUUCCUAUCAGCAACUAAAAACCUGAAAUGCCUGAGUUCUAAUCCACUCCUAUCUCGUGGUCCCAAUGCAGAAUCUAUACCCAUUGCAUUAACUUAUAUUGCUCUGGACCUUGAUCAGGAUCCUCUAAGCAUCAUGAAUCAACCCCAGACGAGUCCAUUCCAGUUCAGAAACAAAACAAUGUUUCCACGUGCUAGGGACCCAAGCGCUGAAUUCUUACGAACAGCUUCAGAAUCUGGUACUUUUGCAAGCUAUGAAGCCAUCAGAUGACAGCCUUUAGCUCACAAAAAUUCUCUUCAAGAGAAUAAGGUUCCUUCUUUUACUUUCAGGGACCAAUUCAUGUAAAGAAGGGAUUUCGAUGGACCUAUUCCUCCACAUAGAUGACAGGUGAAAGCUGCUCUGCUAAAAAGACUUCAGUGCAGAAUAAGAAUGGAAGUGUUUGGCCUGAGAAUUGACAGUAAAAAGUUGCAGGUGAGGGGUCCACAGAUACCUAAAGUGAGAAGGACAAGAUCUCUUUUUGAGUUCCUGGGAAGAUUGGAUUAGGUUGAGUGUUCCGUUUCAAAGAUUCUUCAAACUUCCUUAUAAAGAGAGCUCGAAUACAACCUCACCAUCGUGAAGUGAAGGCUGAGAAGCUUUAGUUCAUUUUAUAGGCAAUAUGAGCAUUUAGGACAUAAAGAUACCCAAGUCUUGGUUUUCCAGAAACCGUCAGCUGACAGCAUAGAAGCAAAUUAAGGCGUAAGAGGCACAGAUUUUACGUGGAUAAAGAUAGCAAACAAGAAAAGGGAAGAGUUAAAUCAUAGGGAAAAUGUACAAUCAUCAUCACCAUCAAGGUAGCAACAAUUUAGUUUCUUCACGGACAGCUUUUCCUUCAGAAAGACAUUUAUUUCUACAAGGAGGAACUGUACAAGGAGAGUCAGGACUCGUUCUCUCGACUGAUGCUAAGCCGAGAUUGAAAUGGACCCCAGAGCUCCAUGAACGAUUUAUCGAGGCAGUAAAUCAACUUGGAGGAGCAGAUAAGGCGACUCCCAAAACUGUAAUGAGGCUCAUGGGAAUCCCAGGAUUAACUCUUUAUCAUCUAAAAAGUCAUCUUCAGAAGUACAGACUUGGUAAAAAUCUACAGUCUCAGGCUAAUACUGGGUCCCCAAAGAAUGCUGUAGGUUGUACUCAAGUAGCAGAUAGGAUACCUGAAGACAAUGGGCUCGCAGGCAACAUGAACAUGGGAGUCCAGCCAAACAAGACCAUUCACAUCAAUGAGGCACUUCAGAUGCAAAUUGAAGUGCAAAGAAGGCUUCACGAACAGCUUGAGGUGCAAAGACACUUGCAGCUGAGAAUAGAGGCACAGGGAAAAUAUUUACAAUCAGUGCUGGAGAAAGCCCAAGAGACUUUGGGGAAGCAAAACUUGGGUUCUGCAGGACUCGAGGCUGCCAAAGUGCAACUGUCGGAACUCGUCUCCAAAGUUUCAAAUGAAUGUUUUAGCAGUGCGUUUCCUGGUGUGGAGGAAAUUUCAAGUUUACACACGCUGCAACCACACCAAGCCCAACUUGCAGAUUGUUCAAUUGAUAGUUGCCUAACCUCAUGUGAAGGAUCACAGAAGGACCAAGAAAUACACAAUAUAAGUAUAGGGUUGAGAGCAUUUCAUGGAAACCCACCCCUCUACACACAACAAACGGGAGAUGACAUGCGGCUUGACCAGUCUCAAUCUGCAUGGUGUGAAGACUUGAAUGACCAAAAGAUGUUUUCUUCAACAAUAGUGAAAGAACCAGAAAGGACGAUUUUCUCAGUCCCGAGAGAUCCUAGUAUUUUAUCAAUGAACAUUACACCCCAAAGAGAAAAAGAAGGCAGUGGG